AUAGAGCAUUGCGGCUGCUGCUUAAGCACCGUAUCGCAUCGUACGACGCGGAGACGAUCUCGACAACAAGAGCAUCUUGCUUCAAAGCCAACAGUUACCUUGACCAACGGGCUGCUGUAUAUUUGUCAGUCACUUGGAGUGUCCGCCGCGGACAUGAAUGACACGGUUCGUUUGCCAUUCGUCAGCCCGCCGCCAUCAGAUUCGCGGCCCAGGCAUGGACUACCCCCCUGCAAGUUCUUUUCCCAAGGUCGUUGCCGUAACGGCAGUGCCUGCCCUUUUCCUCAUCCCGAAGAAGAUGGAAGAACACACGGUGGUAUAGGCCCAGGCACUACCACUACUACUAGUGUGAGUGGACGUCCUAGCUUCACGACACCACCAGUGGAUACGCGCGCGCAGGUCCCCUGUCGGUUCCUCUUACGAGGGUUCUGUGUCAAGGGUGAAAGAUGUCCAUUUGCACAUGACAUGCAACAAGAUGACACAGAUGGGGUAGAGCAAGAUGAGGUACCAAGAUCAGUGCCCAGAAGAAUCUCGUGGUUUGCGCAUGGGCUAAUCGGCUUGUAGGAAGACUCAGCGCCCGAGAACUGGUGUCGGGAGCUCAGAGGCGCCUUGGUCUACUUCGGAGAUGGAGCCGUUGUGACCAAGGUGAGCCUCCCUUCUGACUUCUCUGCAGUUCGCAUCAGCGGCCUACCUCGGGAUGCGACCGUAAGCCACGUCGUCGACCUUAUCACAUCUCACGGUCUCGCCGUGCAGGAAAGCUGCGUCCGCAUUUCGGCACCGAUGGAUAAUGCUUCGUGCAGUGCCGAUGUGAGGGUUGAAGAUCCUCAGUUCUCGAAACGCCUUUGUGGCAAAUUAGCCACAAAUGAUCUCGAUUAUCCCAAAGCUGUGUCGAUCAGGGCCCCGAUGCCCCAGACGACCAAUUACCGACGUGUCGACUCGAGAAAGGUGUAUUGCUCGUGGCACAAACCAAGCCAAACCGUGUGGUUGAACUUUGGUAGUGAAUUCAUUGCCAGACGCGUCAGCAAGGGAUUCUCAGCUGGUCACUUCAAAGUUCUAAACCAAGAGGUUCGGUGCAAGGAGCCCACCGGUCCCUCCCAGCCUGCACGCGGCGGAAGAUAUGCACGCGCUGGGAGGCUUCGAUACGGCAGAAGUGGUGGGAACCAUUUGGCGUGGACUGUAAUGCUUUUCGACGUUCCGGCACUGGCCCGGCCAGGGGAUAUCACAAAAGAUAUUUGCGACGAAUUGGCCCCGCGCCACGUAGAGUUGGGCGGGCCGAGCUACGACGUCGAUCUAACAACGGCAAAUACGUCGAUUGAGUCGUUGUUGCUCAAAGCUGGGCCGCUGGAGCGGUGGGAGAGUGGCAUAGAAGGAGCCGGGAAGCGUUUCAAAGCUAAGGCUUGGUUUGUGAACGACGCCGAUGCGAGGCAGGCCGCCAUGUCACUCAACAAUACGACGCUGCCAUUCAACAAUGGCAAGCUGACAGUGCAGCUCGUUCACUCGGCGAGGCUCAAGGUCCCCAGUCGCGUCUACAACGUCGUUGAACCAGGUAUAAACAGGCAUGAGGAAGCCUGGGCAAAGCAGCAUCUGGUCUACAAAGCAUAUCCCCCUAUCCACGGUCUUCGGGUCCUAAAACUCGAAGGUGAAGCCAGUGAGGAUGUGGCUAAAGCCAAGGCCACACUGGAGGAGAUGAUUGAUGGAGAGGUGCUGAUGAAGGACGGGAAAGCCAUAUGGUCUCCGUCCUUUGCUGUCAACGGCCAGACUUAUGAGAAGAUGAAGCAGCUCGAGCAGAAACUUGGCAUUCUCAUUGUCCGCGACAAGCGCAGAUGUCGGCUCCGACUCCUGGGUCCUCGGCCGCAGUGCCAACAGGCACAAGAUGCGCUGACUGAGCUUUCCAAGACUGACUCAUCUUCGACCCAUGUGAUUGAACUCAAUGCGCAACAACUUUCCCGCGCCAUCAAGGGUGGUUAUCAAGCCAUCGCCGCGGCCAUUGGAAGAGACAAAGUCAGCGUGGACAUCACUCCUGGCCGCCAACGUAUUUUAGUGAUGGGAUCCGAACGCGAUUUUAAAGUUGCGCAGCGAAUGCUCCAGAGCGGGGAACUGGCAUCCCAGGUGAAGCAAGAGGGCGAUUCGAUCAGCGACUGCGCCAUCUGCUGGACGGAAGCCGAGAACCCGGUACAGACGGCCUGCAAGCAUGUCUACUGCGCCAGCUGCUUCGAGAACCUCUGCCUUGACGGCGUCAACUCCGGUCCGCCUGUCCGGUGCCAACGCCAUGCUGGCGAUGCUGGCACGUGCGGCGAGGUGGUUUCGCUGACCGAGCUUCAGGCGCACCUCCCAUCCGCGGCCUUGGAAGAUAUACUGGAGGCUGCUUUCUUAACUCACCUCAGACACAAUCUCAACCAGCUGAAGAACUGCCCCACUCCCGAUUGCGGGCAAAUCUAUCGCGCGGCGAAGGCAUCGGAACACCAAGACAGCGCAGCUGGCACGGAUGAGAGCCUCUUAUUCAAAUGCCCCUCCUGUGUCAAGGCCGUAUGCACGGCAUGCAACGCCUCACAUGACGGUCAGACCUGUGCCGAAUACCACUACCUCGCAUCCGACGAUUACAAGGCACUGAAAGCUCUCAAGGCGGAAUCCGGCAUCAAAGACUGUCCAAAAUGCGGGGUCAUGAUACAAAAGUCUUUCGGAUGCAAUCAUAUGACUUGUACCGCUUGUAAUGCCCAUAUUUGCUGGGUGUGCUUGGAGACGUUCUCUUCGGGACCUCCCGUGUACGCUCAUAUGGGGCAGAAGCAUGGCGGAAUCGGCAUCGGCUACUAUCCAGGAUUGGCUUAGAAGACGGACCAGAUUGGUAUGAAAACCCAUCAGCGUAUACUUCGUACUUCUUUGCUAGGACAGCAGCAAUGCGACAGCCAAAUCCAUGUUACUUUCGAGGUGCCAGGAAUCUGCGUUGAUUAUGCUGUG